AUGGGAUGUGGAUCCUGUUGGGCAUUUGCAACUGCAGCAGCAAUUGAAACGGCAUAUGCAAUAAAAACUGGAGUAUUGAUUCAAUUGUCACCACAAGAAAUAGUUGAUUGUGACAGAUCAAAUUUUGGUUGCUAUGGAGGUUAUUGGGAAAACUCCGUGGAGUAAGUUAAAGUUGAAGGCUCUGUAUUUUUUUGGAUAAUCAUAAACACUACCCUACAAAAAUAUGGAUAACAAACUUCUUUUUUUUCAGUUUUGUCAGAAAAUAUGGAAUUGGAACUGAAAAAUCAUACCCGUAUCGUGGAAAUGCGUCAGAAUGCAAUAUCUUGGACAACUCUGUAUGCAUUAUUUGUCUAUCACUAAACUCUCUCAUUUUACAGACUCGAUAUUUCAUUGAUGAUUAUAAAAUGUUGGAUCGUGAUGAAGAAGUGAUCGCUGAUUGGGUUUAUCAACAUGGGCCUGUUGUUUUUGGCAUCAAAACUACUAGGGAUUUUUAUUUCUAUCAAUCUGGGAUUUUUUAUCCAGAUUGGGUUAAUAAGACAAUCGGAGGUCAUGCGAUGAUAAUAGUUGGCUAUGGUGUUGAAAAUGGAACAAAGUAUUGGAUUGUGAAAAAUUCAUGGGGCGUUGAAUGGGGUGAGAACGGGUGAGUUAUGAUAAUCUGCAAAAAUUGAGUGUUGUAAUAUCAUUUCAAUGUAUGGAACAAAAUAUAAAAUUUCAGAUAUCUUCGAUUGAUUCGUGGUGUCAACAGUUGCGAUCUAAAUAAAUAUGUUGUAGCUCCCAUACUUCACUAA